AUGGAAAUUUAUGCUGGUAAACAACCAGAUGGGCCAUUUCAAGUUGAAAUUUGGUGUGCAAGCGAAGUUGUCAAACGUUUAAUAAGGCCCUUAUACAACUCUGGUCGAAAUUUAACAGUUGAUAAUUGGUAUAUGGGAUUUGAAUUAUCUCAAGAUCUCCUAAAGAAGAAAAUUACGAUAGUAGGUACAAUGCGUAAAAAUGAGAGAGAAAUCCCACCUGAGUUUCUGGCAGAGAAAAGAGAAGUAUAUUCUUCAAUUUUCGGUUUUCAGAAAGAAGCAACACUUGUAUCUUAUGUGCCGAAAAAAAAUAAGAGUGUGAUCCUGUUAUCCACAAUGCAUUCCGGCGAUCAAAUCGAUGAAUCUACUGGGGAAUCUAAAAAGCCUGAAAUCAUUACAUUAUAUAACAUGACAAAAGGAGCAGUCGAUGUUGUAGAUGAGAUGGCAGCUGCGUAUUCUACAGCAAGAGUAGCACGUCGAUGGCCUAUGGUGAUUUUCUUUUCAGUGUUAAACGUGGCUGCCAUUAAUGCAAGAAUAAUUCUACUAUCAAAGAAGGAACUACCAACGGAAUACCAUACCAGGCGUACUUUUCUCAAAGCCUUAGGGAUGCAGUUAAUAGAAAAUGUUCAAAAUGAACGACGACGAGCAUCUGUAGUUCCUGAUUCUAGACAAACACUGACCACCGAUGAACAUGUUAACAAUGAACCACCGCAAAAAGCAGCAGGAAAUCCUGAAUUAAACUCGUCUAUGACUAAAACUGUCGAUAAUUGA